AUGAACUUGAUGGGAUUUUGCUUGAUGAUCCUCCGAGGCUCGUAUUGCAUUGAGGAUCACGUGGGAAAGACAGCAGAUCCGUUCUACAAUAGAGGAAAUUUGUCGACAAGCGAGACUCUAAUGAUUUUGCAGAUUUUGUGGGAUGAAAAGCUAUCUGGAUCACGGUCGGGGGCCCCUGCGGGCAAUACCCGGGUCGUCGCCGAUAAAUCAGCGGGGUCGGAACCCUUGGAUCCAACUGCUGCUUUCGUCGUCGUCGUCGUCGGCGUGUCACCCCCGAAACCCAGUGGGGGUGGAGGAGAAAACCCACCGGAAUAA